AUGGCUCAUAUCCUAGAACAGUACCAUCAUCUUGUCCGAUACGCCCACUGGGCAUACAUGAACGAUGACGGCGCCCAAUUCCGUUCGGCAGCUGGCGAAUUGCACGGCGAUGUCAGGUUCCGCAAGCUUGAGAUUGUCACUCCAUUCUUCAAGGACAAAUUGAAACUCCUUACCCCCAACACACACGUCCACUUGGGCCUCAGGGCUGACGGCACUCUCGUUCUUGCCUUCAGGGGGACCGAUUUCCCCUUCACCAUCGAAGACCUCCUCAAUCCGACACGGACCCAAUGGCCCGGAGUCGACAUCACUUGUCUCACGCUCGGAUCGCCCCGCAUCGGCAACGCAGCGUUUUGCCAGCACUUCAACGACCGUAACAUCACCCUCUACCGCCUCGAGAUGGACGGGGACCCCAUUCCCACCAUCCCGGAUCGCUUCACCCAGGCGUUGCCCGUAAAGAUGUCCGCCACCCACCCCAACUGGACUGUCAACGACAGGCAAUAUCAUCACGUGGGUAUCCCCAUCGUCAUCCAUAGGGCCACCGGGGAUAGCGCCCCCAACUCGGCCGACUUUGACGUGGAGCGCCCAGACAUCACCGCCGAAGAGGACGCCGCCCCUCUCCCAUUUAUACUGAGGGUCCCGUACCAGUUGGGCGGAUUUUUUACAUACUGGAUCCUCCGGGCCAUGCGCAUGAUCCCAGGCCUUUGGCUGUCUCACGAUCCUGCUGGGUAUGAGGCGGUUGUGCAGCGGAUUGUAGAGGGGAUUCCCUGUAGUGGAAAAUGCAGCAUGAUGCUAUCGGGCUUUAUGGGCGUGGAGGGGACGAGGGAGGAAGGAGGAGGUGGGAUGGGUGGAAUCUUUCAUCGAGGGGCCCGGCCCGAUGGAUAUACGGACGGGGAUCCUGGCGAGGCCCACUGGGCUGCUGCGUGA